UGGUUUGAUGUUAAUUUUAAGUUGCAAAACAAUUUGUUCCUCUGCUCUUACCCCAUUUUCCUUGGAAGACAAACUGCAAGAAUUAGAAGUGAGACUAGAAGCCAAAAUUGAGGCUAAAAAUGCUCAACUUGAAGAAAAGGUGACACAACUGGAGGCGCAACUCGAACUAAAUAAUGAACUAAGACAAGAUUUGGCAUUAAAAGUAAUACAACUAGAGGCCAAAAAUGUCCAAUUGGAAGUCAAAAUUCAGGACCAAGAAAGAAUUUUAAUUUCCCUGUUGGAAGCGGAUGAGCUUCCAGUUUCCACUGAUUCAAAAUUAUUUCCAGUUGAAAAAGAAAUUUCAAUUCGAUCAACUGGAAUGAGCGGAAGCCCAAGGACAUGCAGAGAACUUCAAGCGAUUGAUCCUUCACUUCCAUCCGGAAUGCACUGGAUUGAUCCGGACGGCCAAGGUGUCGGCGAUAACCCAAUUUACGUUUACUGCGAUAUGACAUCAGGAUCAACCUCAAUUGUACACGAUAGUGAAUCUUCUUUAAAUGUGGGCCACUGCGCCGAUGCCGGGUGCUAUUCACGUUCCAUCAACUACAAUUCGUCAAUCGGACAAAUAAAAGCUUUGAUAGAAUUAUCCACUGAAUGCCACCAAUCGAUCAAAUACGACUGCUACUUUGCUUCAUUCGAGUCAAAUGGCGUCACCUAUUCCUGGUGGAACGACAGAGAAGGAAAUGCGCAAUACUUUUGGGCCGGAAGUAACACGGACGGAGUUCACACCUGCCAGUGCGGAAUCGAUGCAAAUUGCGUCGAUCCUGCGGCGAAAUGCAAUUGCGAUUCUCUUGCACCACUUCAAUUAGUCGACGACGGUGUCAUUACCGACAAAAAUGUUCUGCCCGUCACUCGUUUGAAUUUCGGAAGAACUCAACUGGAAACUUCAUCCGGCGUCCACACGCUUGGCCGACUCGUUUGCACCGGAUCAGUGACUUUGACUGGACUGCCAAAGUCGUGCAAAGAUUUGUGGUUGAUUGGCCACACCCUGAACGGAUUUUAUUCCGUAAUGGGAUCGGCGAAAAUGGAAUCUGUUUACUGCGAUUUCUCUAAACUCCCUGACGAUCCAGGUUUCCAGAAAUGGAUUGGAUAUGUCGACGUUAAAUCGGCGCCUGUCCAUUUCUACGUCCAGAGAAAUUCUAAUUUCAACACACAAUCAACUCCGAUCCCGUUCGAUUUGGUGCGGGUGAACGAGGGAAACGCCAUGGAUUUGAACACCGGGAAAUUCACGGCACCGCAACCGGGAAUUUAUUUUUUCUCUUUCGCGGGAGUGGCGCAUCUUGAAUCUUCAUCUUAUGCUAAUUUUUAUUCUUAUCUUUAUUUGAACGGGAAUUCAAUCGGGUUGAGUUUUGUUGCAGAGUAUAAGGGCCCCGUAGAACAAUAUAGUGUGGUGACCCUCCAGUCGACGCUGAACUUGAAAAAAGGCGACCGACUCUGGGUGCAGAUUGGUUAUUCUGGUUCAGACACGUAUUUGCAUGACAACAUUGAUUACCACUUGACCCAUUUCACGGGUUUCAUGUUGGAGGAGGAAAUUGCCGCGUCCCUUUGAGGUUCAACUUCAUCGGCGACACGAAACAUUUUCGACCCGAACAUUUUUG